CGAGGGCGGUACCGAGUACCAGUCCGGACGGGAAAAAGGGUAGUGUCGAAGAUAGCGGGUCUUCUACCUGUGUCCUACUGGAUACUGAGCUUUGCGAAACAAUAUCGAAUCAGGUGGCAGGUCUUAAGGACCAGAACGGACGAAGCUGGCGUUGUGGAACCGGAAUACGAGUUCUGAAGCGGAACAUGAAGCGGAACGGGAGCGGGGGCUGUGUGACCCGGAAGACCCGUUUCGCGUCGCGGGAGAGGGAGUGGCUGAAGGGGGACGCUCAGCGCGGGUGCGUGUGCCUCUACGGGGCAGCGGACCCCCAGCUGCCCCCCUCCUCGGGGCCCCAGGCCCCCUCUACCUCACAGCCCGACCUGCGGCUGGUUCUCUGCUCCACCAGCACCACCGUGGAGGAGCUGUGCGCCCAGGGGGACAGCGAGGGCCUGUACCUGCAGCUGCACGGAGACCUGAUCAGGAGGUUGGACCCCACAGAGCGACCUCUCCAAAUCGUGUACGACUACCUUGCUGCCAUGGGGUACAAGGACCCAAUGAGGAUACAGUGGGAGGCGGCCAACUCGGAUCUGAGCUGUAUGAUUCGUUUCUACAGUGAGCGGCCUCAGAACGCGGACCAGCUGGAGCGCACGCUGCUGAGGGGGGUGUUCAGCGUGCGGAAGGGGAAGACGCAGCUGCACAAGUGGGCCGAGCGGCAGGUCAUCCUCUGCGGCACCUGCCUGAUCGUGGCCUCCGUCAAGGACUGCCUCACCGGGAAGAUGCACAUCCUGCCCCUGGUGGGGGGAAAGGUGGAGGAAGUGAAGCGGAGACCGCACUGUCUGGUGUUCAGCUCCGCUGGGCCCCAGGGCCACGCCUACUUUGUCCAUUUUGAGCAGCUGGCGGACUACCAGAGGUGGCACCGGCAGGCAUCGAAGGUGGUUUCGCAGACUGUCAGCCUGGUGGAUCUGUCCUGCUACAGUCUGGAAUGUGUCCCUGAGUACCUCUUCUACAGCCAGGACAUCACUCACCUCAACCUCCGCCACAACUUCCUGCAGCUGGAGGGGUCCGGUGGACUGCACAGCCUCAACAGAUUUUUACAGCUGAAGAGCUUGAAUUUGUCCCAUAACCGAUUGGGCAUCUUCCCCGAGUCAAUAUGUGAGAUCCCCACACUGACUGAACUUAACCUCUCCUGCAAUGGCAUCCACACAGUGCCCAGCCAGAUCGGAAAGCUUCAGAGCCUGCAGACUCUGUCCCUGGAGGGGAACUACCUGAGUGCCCUGCCGGAGGAGCUGGGCGGCCUAGCGCAGCUCAGCAGCCUGGGGCUCGCCUUCAACCAGUUCCCCCGCAUCCCUGCCCCGGUGGAGCGGCUCACUGCCGUCGACAGGCUGUCCAUGGCCGGGAACAGGGUGGACACCCUGGAGCUGGGUUUCCUGGGCCGAAUGAGUCACCUCAAGAUCAUCGACCUACGGCUGAACGGGCUGCGUUGGGUCCAGAGUGACGGUCUGGAGCCGGUGAGACAGCUGACCUACCUGGACGUCAGGGACAACCACCUGACCGCGCUGGACCUGAGCUCCGCCUGCAGCCUGGAGAUCCUGCACUGCCAGCGCAACCAGCUGGGGGCGCUAACGCUGAGCGGAUUCACCCUGCGCGGCCUGCACGCCGGCCACAACCGCCUGACCACAGUGAAUAUCUACCCAGUUCCCAACCAGCUGAUGCACAUAGACCUGUCGUGGAACCUCCUCGAAUGCCUUCCAGACUGGGUUUGCGACACCAGGAAGAUUGAAGUGCUGGAUGUCUCUCACAACCUCCUGUCUGAACUGCCCACAAGGCUGCUGGGAAGCCUGAGUCUGAGAAAGCUGCUGGCUGGGAACAACCAGCUCCAGCGUGUGCCCGACCUGCUGGACCAUAUCCCACUGGAGACGCUGGACCUCCAACACAACCAGCUCAGCCAGCUCCCAGAGAGCUUCUUCUCUAAGGCACUAAACCUGAGCUACCUGAACCUGUCAGCCAAUCACUUGGAGGCCAUCCCCCCAAGCAGCCAAUCAGAGCAGAGUCUCAGCACCCUCCAGGAGUUGUACCUCACUGGCAACAAACUGAAUGAGAACAGCGCCGCCCUGCUGGCAGGACACCAGAACCUACGCGUGCUGCACAUAGCCUACAACCAGCUUCUGUCCUUUCCUGCAAGUGUGCUGAGUAAACUGGAGCUUCUGGAGGAGCUGAAUCUGAGUGGAAACCAGCUGAGGGGCCUCCCCUCCACCCUGUCCGGCUGCCGGAGGCUGCACGCCCUGGUGGCCCACUCCAACCACAUCACUGUCUUCCCCGAAGUCCUCAACCUGCCAGAGAUCAGGCUGGUGGAUCUGAGCUGUAAUGAGUUGCGGGAGGUGGUGCUGUCGGACGCUGUGCCUGCGACCCUGCAGGAGCUGGACCUGACGGGAAACUGCAGCCUGGGCCUGGAGCACCAGACCCUCAACCUGUUCAGUCACAUCGCGACCCUGAAGCUGGACCAGAAGCCGGCCGUGACAGUCGGAGAUUCCCUGGGAUCCUCCACCCGCUGGAAUCACGGAUACUCCGAGCUGAGCGGACACCGGAAUAAGUUGUGUGUGUCGGUGCUAGCUGUGGAUCGAUUCCGGGACAGCGCGGAGGCUGCCUAUGGCAUCUUUGAUGGGGACCGCAAUGAGGAAGUGCCCCGCCUACUGCAGUGCACCAUGGGAGAGGUGCUGGCUGAGGAGAUCGAGCAGUCCAGUGUGGACAGCGUGUACAUGAGCCACACCUUCCUUACGUCACACCGUAAGCUGGGCGUGGCGGGGCAGAAGCUGGGCUCCUCCGCGCUGCUGUGCUACCUCCACCACGAGGCCUCCAGCCCCUCCAGCCUCAGCCUGACCCUGGCCAACGUGGGCACCUGCCAGGCGGUGCUGUGUCGUGACGGGCAGCCCCUGGCACUGUCGAAGGUCUUCAGCCUGGAGCAGAGCCCGGAGGAGACGGAGAGAGUGAAGUGCAGCAAGGCCAUCAUUACGGAGGAUAACAAGGUGAGCGGGGUGACCCGGUGCUCUCGCCUGCUGGGCUGCUCCUACCUGUCCCCCUGGGUGCUGCCCCAGCCCUGGGUGCACACGGAGCCCCUCUGCCCCCAGGACGACUGCCUGAUCCUGGGGAGCCGCUCGCUGUUCCAGGGGGUGUCGUACCGGGAGGCGGUGCGCACGGUGCAGGCCGUAAGGGACCCGCUGGCCGCCGCCAAAAAGCUGUGCACCCUGGCACAGAGCUACGGGUGCCGGGACAACGUGGGGGCGGUGGUGGUGUCGCUGAGGGUCGGGGGGGAUGGGUGUACCUGCGAGGGAGAGGGGAGGGGGGGCGGUGGGGUAGGGCUGCCCCCAACUGCCCCUGCCUCUGCCCCUGCCCCCGCCCUCCUGGGAGACCCCCUGGCCCUGUCCUCCGGCAGUGAGCUCUCUGCCUCGGAGGUGGGCAGCGAGGCCGGCUCCACUGCCUCUGACGAGCCCCUCCCCUCCUCCUCCAGCCCCGCCCGAACGGAGCGGCCCUGCAGUCUGCACCCCGCGGGCCCCCCCAACGGGACGACGGGCCCCCCACCCGCCGGGGGCCUGAUCCCAGGCCUGUUCCAGCGGCGGCCGCCCUGCGGCACCUUCUCCAGCAGCCGCUCGGACAACGGGCUGGACAGCGACGAUGAGGCGCCACUAGAGGGCGUCAUCUCCAACGGGAGCAGGGUGGAGGUGGAGGUGGACAUCCACUGCUGCGCCUUCCAGAUCCGCUCGGUCUUACCCCGAGCCCUCCUGGACAGCCAGGGGGUCCCGGACCUGGACCCGGAGCGGCGGGAGUCCGAUCCCCCCGGCGGGAAGUCGCGCCGCAGGGAGAACGUUGUCGUGACGGCCACCAACGGCUGCCUGCUGGCGGUGUGUGGGAGGGAGUUCUCCGACCUCAGAAAGUCCCCGUCGUCCUCCAGCCUGUUCGGGAAGAAGCUGUCCAAUGGCUCCGUGGUGGCCCUGGAGGACAGCCACAACCUCAUCGAGGUGGCCCUGGAGGCGCCCAAGAAGAAGUCGGGCUACUUCGCCGCCCCGGCCCAGCAGGACCCCGAGGACCAGCUGGUGGUUCCGGCCGGGUUGGAGCAGGAUGUCCGAGAGCAGCUGAGGAUUCAGAACGCUGUCGUCCCGGGACCUCCACCCCUGUCGACGCAACCGCCCCUCGCAAGAGACCCCGAACGGAGCCAGUCUCCUGCACCCCCCCAGGACCCGGUCCCCACCCCUCCCCUGCAGCAGGAGGUCUAUGAUACGGCACUGUACAGGCAGCGGUGUCGGCGCAGUUGCCCACAGAGGACCUUCACCGAUGGGGACAGGGGCAUGUGCGUCAGCUGCCCCGAACCGUGCGCCGACUGCAGGAGCAAGACCCUGUGCCUGUCCUGCCAGGACCAGCACUUCCUGUCCCUGCAGUAUCGUCUGAGUCUCCCAAUUAUUCACCCUGAGAGGUCCUGA